CCGCCUGCCGCUCGGCCGCCAGUCGGUGGGUUCUCUCAGCGGGCGCGUUUCCCGCCGGCGCCUCGGCCUCAGGGAGCCUGUCCGGCGGGGGUAGGCGUCAGGGUGUGCCGCCGCCGUGGUUCUUCUGCCUUGAGGUGGCCUUGAGGGGCUGCUUCUACGCCCGCAGCCCGCCGUGAGGAGGCGGUAGCGGGAAGGGGUGGGUUGGCGCCGAGCCGCCUGACGAAGCCGUGCUGGAAGAGCGGGCUGCCGCCUCGGAGAGUGUGAGGAGGAGGAGGAGGUGGAGGUGGUCUGGUGUGCCCAGCGAUGUAGCCCUGAACGUAGAACGGCAGCUUGUGGAAGGCGGUUAAAACUCCUCAGCGGUCUGGUUCCAGAGCAUGGGCUAAAAGCUAUGUCCCUCUCUCGUGUCGAAAAUCCUUGCUUUCUGCUGUUUCUGUUUGUCUUCCAAGCCAUAUUUAUCCUGAUACUCUACCGAGGUGGGCCUUCGAAUGUGUUUCGGGGGUUUUUAGACUCGCAUCAGGUUCUGGAUUACUCCAAAACUCAUGACGUGUAUACAAACCUCAGCUUGUUCACCCAAGCUCCCGAUGAAGAAGCUAUGCCGUACUGCUCGGCGCAGUCACCGAUAUUUGUUGGUCCAUUAACCAUCACCUUCAGGGUACUCCCUAGUGAAAGAAUGAUCAUCAAAAAAAAUCCUUUUGUUCAGUCAGGUGGCCGCUACAGGCCACCUCACUGCUUGGCCCGCUACAAAUCAGCCAUCCUUGUAGCAUACAAGAACCAGGAGAAGUACCUUCACCAUCUUCUCUACUAUAUUCAUCCUUUCUUGCAGCGCCAGCAGCUCAGUUACAGUAUCUACUUGAUUCAGCAGGUGGGGAAUGGUACAUUUAACCGAGCAAAGCUGCUUAAUGUUGGUGUCCGGGAAGCCCUGAAGGAUGAAGACUGGGACUGCCUUCUUCUGCACGAUGUCAACCUAGUACCUGAGAAUGAUUAUAAUCUCUAUGUUUGUGAUGAAUACUAUCCCAAGCAUAUGGCUAGUGCCAUGGAUAAGUUUCAGUACACUCUGCCAUAUAAGUCCUUUUUCGGGGGUGUAUCUGCUCUGACUCCAGAACAUUACAUGAAGAUGAAUGGGUUUCCAAACACAUACUGGGGCAGUGGUGGUGAAAAUGACGACAUUGCUACAAGGAUUCAGCUAGCAGGAAUGAAAAUAGUCCGGACAUCACCUCACCUUGGACGCUACAAAGUGAUGGACUACAAUGAAGAGACAGAGACUCACGAGCCUUGGAGAAGGCCUACUUCUCGACACAACACCAGAAAAACAUGGAAAGAUGAUGGAAUGAAUUCAUUGGAGUUCAAGCUCCUUUCCAGGACAAAGCAUCCUCUUUAUACCAACAUCACUGUGGACAUUGGAUACGUUCCCCCAUUUUCUUAAGAGAAUGAAAACAAAACCAGAGUUUGGGCUCAGCGUGGCAGCAUGGGUAUGGGCAUUCAGCCUCUACCUCCUGUUGUGGUGUGGAGUCUGCACCACCUGAGACUAAUCCUAUUGUCUUUCAUGAAUUUCACUUUUCUUCUCGCUGUUUUAGAAGAAAAGGCCUUGAGAAUAAGGUACGAUAGCAAAUAAACAGGCUGUGGCUUACUGUAAAAAUUGUCAAAGCACUGGAAAACUAACUACUGAGCCAGACCCACCUCCCAGCCUUUGGGCCUUGGGGAUCAAGGUCUCCUUGACAGUAAGCUGACCUAAGUUUUCUGGAACUGUUGUUCCAUAGCUGGAUAGCUCUGUGCUGCUUUGUACUGAAGUGUUA